AUUUUAUUUCCAUCCUUGCAGCCAAUCGUCACCAGCCAGCUGGGCACCGUCAACAAUGUCAUCCAGGUGAAAAAAACAGACUUCGAGGUGUUUGAUGCUCUGAUGGUGGACUCGCAGAAAUGCUCAGACAUGUCAGACCUCUCCAGCUCUCCUCCUGGUCCUUACCAUCAGGAUGCCUACGCUCCCAAGCAGGAGGAGAAGUUCAAGUCCCCGCCUAUUCUCCCACCACAUCUGCUGCAGGUCAUCCUCAACAAAGACACUGGCAUUUCUGAGUGGCUGUGA